UGUCUUUCCAUUCCGGACUCAGGCGAAGGAGAGCGAACCAUAGAGUCGGCCAAUUGUCUUUGUGGCUAGAGGGGACCGGAGAGAGAGCUCUUUCCGGAUGCUUCGCCUCUUUCAGUCUCUCAGUCCGGGAGGGGGGAAGCUGCCGUGUUUCCGGGGGCUGGGGCUGUGAGGAGGAGAUCCUGAUUGCCGAUAAAAUGAUGGCAUAAUCUCAGCAAGGUAGACAGAGAAGAAGAUGGAUUAUUGUGGCAGACUCUUUCAAAGGAGCAACUCCAACUCAAAACUGUCCUGUUGCUGUUCAGGAAGGAAUUUUAUAGUAGAAGGGUUUUGGCACUGGUGAUGAGAAAUGGGGUAUGAUGUAGCACGCUUUCAAGGGGAUGUUGAUGAAGAUCUUAUAUGCCCCAUCUGCAGUGGGGUUUUGGAGGAGCCAGUUCAGGCUCCUCAUUGCGAACAUGCUUUCUGCAAUGCCUGUAUCACUCAGUGGUUCUCCCAACAGCAGACCUGUCCUGUGGACCGAAGUGUUGUGACUGUGGCUCACCUGCGUCCUGUUCCCCGGAUCAUGCGUAAUAUGCUGUCUAAGCUGCAGAUAACGUGUGACAACGCUGUGUUUGGUUGUACUGCCAUAGUGCGGCUGGAUAACCUGAUGUCUCACCUCAACGACUGCGAACACAAUCCAAAGCGGCCUGUGACUUGCGAACAGGGAUGUGGUUUGGAAAUGCCCAAAGAUGAGUUGCCGAAUCAUAACUGUAUCAAGCAUUUGCGAUCAGUGGUGCAGCAGCAACAGACAAGAAUAGCUGAUUUGGAAAAGACCUUAGUAGAACAUAAGCAUCAAUUAGCAGAACAGAAGCGUGACAUUCAGUUGUUGAAAGCAUAUAUGCGAGCGAUACGUAGCGUCAACCCCAACCUGCAGAAUUUGGAAGAAACUAUUGAAUAUAAUGAAAUAUUAGAGUGGUUGAACUCUCUGCAGCCUGCCCGAGUGACACGGUGGGGUGGUAUGAUCUCUACACCAGAUGCUGUCCUUCAAGCUGUGAUCAAGCGUUCAUUGGUGGAGAGUGGCUGUCCCACGUCCAUCAUCAAUGAGCUGAUUGAAAAUGCUCACGAACGGAACUGGCCACAGGGCCUGGCCACCCUAGAAACCCGACAGAUGAACCGGCGCUAUUACGAAAACUAUGUGGCCAAACGUAUCCCAGGCAAGCAGGCUGUGGUGGUGAUGGCCUGUGAAAAUCAGCACAUGGGCGAGGAGAUGGUGCUAGAGCCAGGCUUGGUGAUGAUAUUUGCACAUGGCGUGGAGGAAAUCUAAAGACUUAACAGAGAUGAUAGAACAAUGUGCUUCAAAGGAAAAUAGACUGUGUCCCAGCCCACUGAUCCUUCCCCCCACUGUGCCGUGCAAGGGCAUUACUUCUCUUUAUAUUGAUUAAAACACCACUUCCUAAUUAUAUUGGGCAGGUGCCCAGCAACUUAUGCAAAAUGCCAUGCUGCAUUCCUUUCCAGUCCUAAUAAUUUACCCUGAUCUGGUGUUGACACAGGUUUCCAAGUGUCUACAUAAAAGCACAAGAAGUUCCUCUGUGCUCCAGAAAGAGCAAUGGACCUCCGUCACAAGGAGUCUGAUCUCCUGUCGCAACGGCAUUGGUUUAGAUAGCUUGGUUCCAAUCCCAGGAGUACAACAGGCUUGUGAUUCCUAACUGAAAACUCCAGAGCUGCAAGUUUGUUCUGAAGACCUCCCCACACCCCUCCUUGUCCAGUUUCUCUUAUCCUUUGGCUUCUUUGUACAAGGUGCACGCUUUACCGUUGUGGCCCUUAGCAUCUGACUCGAAACUUGAAGGCACAAUUUUGCAGUCUUUGUGCAAAGAGCAGUGGGGAGGAGGAACGUGAAAGAGUGCACACACUAGAAGGCAAAAUGCCAAAUUGGCAGUGCAAGGAAUGCCAAAUAAUAUAUACCAGUAGUGACAUGUUGGGGUAGCAGAUGUUGUGGAGUCAAAAAGCUGGCUUGUCAGGAGGAGAAUCUUCAACUUAUUUGGGAUGUGUGGCCUUAUAUUACCCUGGUGGCAGACCUUCUUUUUCCAGAUGGGGGCCUGAUUUUGCAAUGGAGGUUGCGCUCUUUGACAGUGUCCUGUCGCUGCCACUUGUGCAAAGUGAAGUGGAAUUUUCCUAGAGGUCAGGUGUUAGUGUUAUUUAAGUGCCGCCACUCAUGUCAGGUGCUUUCCUGACCAGUCUUUUCUCGGAAGAUGCAAGCCUUCAAGUAGGCACUUUGCUCAGUCUGAUCCAAUACAGGCUUCUCUGAAUUGUGUGUGCCAUUUGAGGGUAUCUCAGCUUCAUGAUAUUUGGAAAAAAAUUAAUUGGGGGAAAAAAGAACAGUAACCUGGAUGAACUGUCUUUGUCAUUCUCUGUGGGCUGUUUUGAAAAUCUGUGUAUUUUUUUUUUUACAUUUUGAUGAUUGUGUUCAGUAUUUUUGUACUACAUCUGCCUUUGUAUGUUUCCCUUAUUUUAUUUUCAAAAUACAGUGGUCAGGAAUGUCUUGAAGUCCAGGUUUAGUUGACUUGUCAGUUUUAAUUUAUUUGGAGUCUCUUUUUUUACAACAACCUUCUUCAUUUGUGAUGUGUUAAAUAUUCUUACUUUAAGCUGGAGUUGGUUUGUGCUGAUGUUGGUGAGGCAAGAAGUAAGUGCAUCAAUAAAAUGGAACAGUUGGACUUGCUCUGACCAGAACAUUGACUGUACAUUCCAUUCUGAACAGCUUUCAUUGGCGUGACUCUCUUUUAAAGAAGGUUUAAUUCCCUUUCUUAGACUACUUGUGGCUAAAAUAAUUCCUGUUAGUACCCAGAUGUAGGAGAGCUGUCACCGUAUUUAAGCACAGCAAACUUGUCUCUAGGGAGGAGUUUGUGCCACUUCUUAGACAGCUGCCUCUUCAACAAUCCCUGGGACAAACAAAGCUCCAGGAAACUUAGCAGCAGGAAAGGUGGCCACCUGAGGCAUGCUACCUGCUGCCACACUUCAAACGAAUGCCAGGGCAUAAUUGGAGAGAUUUCUCCAAUCACGUAUCAUAGUAAUUAGCCUACUCCUACAUGCUGGUCCUGUAACCAAUAAUCCACAUUUAUGGGAAUGGUGGUUUUCACAGCAAUGGGCAGCCGGCAGCCCAGUCUUUUUGCUGAAUAGGAAGGAACUUGGCCCAUUGUAGGACGACAUAGGAUGAUUAGUCACCUAAUGAAAGCAGUGCUGAUCUCUCUCACAGGAUUUCCAUCAUUCCCAUGAAUAAAUUUUGCAUGAACAACACAGCUUGGCUUCACUUAUGCUCCUGAAUAUUCACCAGGCAGAUGCUCUUUCAAGUUCCAUUGUGUAAGAAACGCUUGUGCUUUGGAGGCUCUUAAAUCUGCAGCAGUCAUUCAGUUUGGUGGCCUUUACUUUUGUGUAAGUCUGUCCUGUAGGUUUUAGGAAUGUCCUUCAGUUCUGCUCUGUCCUCAGUCCCUUGUCUUCCUUCGGUUUUAUUCUUAAGUGGCACACUGCUUUAGGCUUCUCUGCCCCAUGCCCAUCCCCUGUGUAGAACUUUGCUUUAGAAACCAAGUCUCUCUGAUGCUAUUCCUAAGGGGGUUCCAGCUUUUCCACCUGCAACAGUUGCGAGCUACUUCUUAAAUAUAACUUUACCAUCAUCUCUUAGUACUUCUGUUUUGUAAGUCAUGUUUUCAAAACACCUGGAAUGUGCUUCAAAAGUCGGAUCAGUUUUAGGGAUGGAAUGGGUUGUGCUCGUAUUGUUAUGAAAGGGGAUUGCUUGUUUGGAAGUGUUUCUAACGGAGUCCCUGUUGCUCAGGAAUUUGAAGAAGCUGCUAAAUCCAACCUAAUAACUGCAUCUUGAGCUAACUGCAUCUCUCAACUCUUUUCUCCUCAUUCCUUGUUUUCCCCUUCAGUGUCUUGCUGUCCAGUCUUCCUUGUGCUCUGAAGUAUACCAUAGAAUUUGUCAUGUCUCCUGCCAGUAUGCAAGUUGCUGAUUGCAUUUUGUGUUUUGCUGUUAAAUUGUGUUGACUGCACUAAUAAACUGCCUUUUUCCUGA